UCGACAGUCCACCCUGCAAUCCCCAUCGCGGUUGUAUCCACCCUCUUGCACUUUUUCGCGAAGUGUCCACCGAAACCCAAUCAACCGAUUUAAACAAAUCGGAUUUCUUAAAAAUGGAUUUCUGAGUCUCGAUAUAAAAAUUGUAAAGUAAAUCUUAAUAAUAGAGUUAUAAAUAAAUGGAGAAGUACAUCAGUGCUACGGCCAUUUGCAUUUAUCAAAAAGUAUCUCUUAGGUUAUGGUAUUACAGUAAGAAUGUGGCGAGGAUGAGUGACUAUGUGUGAAGAAUCAGUGAUGAAAAGAAGAUUUGGUUUCUGUAAACAAAUCCCUUUCUAGGGCCCAAAGGCCCUGCAAGGCCCAAAAUAAAUAUAGAUUCUAUUCUAGUUGACUAAAUGAAGUGAAAAGAACAAAGAGGAAACUAAGUUUCAAUUAAAACAAGAAUGAAGACUACAAGGUGGGAGAAGUGGUUGGAUCUGAUCAAGUGUUAGUUGUGCGGUGGAAUAAAAAGAAAGAGGAUUGGGCCAGGAUGAGUCACUUUGACUGGAAGUUACUGCGCCGGAAGAAGGUGACACCAGCCGACCGUUGCGGACCCGAAAAGGAAGAGACUUGGAGGCUAGCUUAUGACCACGAAGACUUCGACCCUGGAAAAGACUCCUUGCACCCGGAAAACCAGGACCCGACCCCGACUCCAACCACAGCAUCCUCCCUUCCAUCGGACUCUACAGAGAACCCGGAGAAUCCACGUUACCAAGACACCCGGAAGAGCAAAACAAAGAAAGUGAAGAACUACCUUCGGAAAUAUAAGAGCGCUCUCUCCAAAGACGACACAGAGAAAAAAAAUCGAACUGAUCAGUGUACUUCUUGGUACCUCGAAGAUCAAGAAGCCGACUUCUACCACCAAAGUUCAAAAAAGUCAAAUGAAAAUGAAAGUUCAGAGGCUGGAGGGACUCAAACAAAGUCAAAAACUGAAGUCACUAGCAGGGGAAUAACAGAAGAACUUCAUUCCAAUCGUCAAAAUACCAAAACUCUUUCAAAUCCCCAAAAUUCGAGAAAAUCACAAGAAAAUGUAUCAGAAGAUAAUAGCAGGCGAAUAAGCGAAGAACUAGAUCCCCAUCCCCAAAAUCCUAAAAAUAAUAAAAAUCCAAGAAAAUCACAGGAAAAUAUACUAGAAGCCACUAAUAAGGAAAUAAUAGAACAAAACUCUUAUCCCACAAAUCCUCGAAAUCCGAAAAAAUCGUCAAAAAACGUACUAAAAACGACUAGCAGGGAAACAAGAGAAGAACUCGACUCCCAUCCCGAAAAUCCCCGAAAUUCGAAAAAAUCACAAGAGAACGUACUAGAAUCCACUAGCAAGCCAAUACGAGUAGAAGAAAAGGAUGUAGAUCCUAGAACUUCGCUUAAUAAGUUUAAAACCGGUUUCAGUGGUUCAGAAAAUUGUCAGACCGACCCAAAAUUCGAUUUUGACGAGAGUACAGACGUGUCAAGUAUUAAUAUAUUAAAACAUUGUGCUACGGAAACUAAAAGUGAGUUUGUAGACAGUUUAGGGGAAUUCGAGGACCUAAAGAAACUCGAGGAGAUUCUUGAGGAAGGGGUAACUAGUUUUGGGGAUGUUGGAGUGGGGAAGGGAGGGGAUGAAGCUCAUAGGAGCAGGUCUUCGUUGUAUGAAGAUGCUAGUGAUAAAGAUUUAACUGAAGUGGUCUUGGGGAGGGAGAGUGGGGAGAAGAAGGACGCAUCGUUGGAGACAUUGAUUACUGAGGAUUCGAAUUUGAAUAAGUGUGACUCAAAUGAUACUUUGAUUGCUGAUGUGGUUAGUGGGGAUAGUUUGGAUAAGGAGGAGAAGGAAGAGGGGAGCAGGAUCUGUACAGUUGGGAAUCGAGGGGACGUGGCCACUUUGGUGAGGGGCCUUCUGGGUCCCAUUUAUGGCGACGGUGUCAUCGAUCUGCUGAUUAGACAGGCGAGGGAUAUCCUCGUUUGUGCUUAUCAUGGAAAUUUGGAUUGCUUCCUCAAGAGUUAUUUAUCUCCUGCUGCUGCAUUACUGGAAGAGGUCAAGUCGGUAGCUGCUGAAUUGGGCAACGAGUCGGUGGUACCGGAGGGCUGGCCGUUGACCCUAGCCAAACGAGGUCUCAUUCUACAGUUGGGUGAGUUGGAGACCUCGUCGUUGAGGCUUGGGGAAUGUUACCUUUGUGUCAGGGCCGCGAGCGGCCACGACUCAGACUCUGCACCCACGAAAAUUGAGAUUGCAGUGGUUUGGCGAGCGACGUCGAUGAGGGCCCCGCGGUUCCUCGGUUGGGACCGCGAGGAGGAGUUCAUGGACUGGCGGCAGGUGUCGCAGAAGCUCUCCCCAGCCCCGUCAACAUCCGAACCGUCACGAAGCAUGCGACCCCGGCGAAGGUCCCGCGAGUACGUCCGAAAAUCCUCAUUAACCGACCAAAACCACCACCACCACCAUCACCGAGUCAACAGAGAGGAGACUCGUUCCAUCGACCGGCUGGAAUGGAAGACCGAUCAACCGGACGCCGGCCACGCUGUGACGAAGUCCAGAUCGACGUCCAGCGUCGGUAACUGGGAGGAGAACGAUUCUAGUCCCUCUAACAAUGAAACUCGGGUGAACGUAAACCGAUGUGCCAAGGUGGUGUUGUCUAGCACCAUGGAAAAGUGGAAGGAAACCAAUCGGUACGAGACCAAGAGCAAGAGUUUGAAGCCUGAGGAUUUGAAGACACCUUCAAGGCUGGAAGAAGCAUUGGACAAUAAGAAGGAUUUGGAGGAUAGAUUGAAUAAUUUAAGACAUGUCGAUGAUGUGAAUGACGAAGAGUUGCCUGCGUUUAUUGGCAAUCUCUUAGUGUCCGUUGAGAGGAAGAUUGAAAGGGUUUCCUUGGACAAUUUCACGUUCCCCUGUCCGGCAUGUAGGAAUAUUGAUACGGACGACCCUCUGUUGGCCUGCAAGUGCGCUGGUGAUGAGGAUAAUGAUUUGGUGAAGGAUGAAGGGAGGAGCUUUGAAAUCGCCGGGAUCAAGCAUAUCGAUAGCGACGAUGAAGAGGAGGUGCGCAUGGGAUUCGGAACGAAGAGGAGGGACGAGGUGGCAGCGGCGGCCCGUUCCAUUCACGACUUGCCAGAACGAGUUCUCGUCUGCGGCCUCACGCUACCCGGAUGCGUCGAUGUGGAUGGCAGACCUGUACUCGACUUUCUGGACGACGGAGCCCGGAGAGAGGGCCUAACAGCGAAGGAUGUCGCGUCAUUCUUGUUGUAUCUAACUCGUUUACCCAGUUCCGAAAGCGUGAGAAACGGGUACACGAUUCUAAUCAGGAGCCUCACAUAUGAUGGCGUUGAAUUUGUCGACGGGGUCUUAAAUCUUGUACAGGGACGAGUUGAUGUGUUCCAGGCGUUGGUUUUGAAAAGCGACGAUUCCAAUGAGGAUCAAUUAAUACAAAGACACGUCAAGACUAUUACAGUGGACGAAAAGGGACUGAAGGACUACAUUCCAACGUACCAGCAGCAUAUCUACGACCAUUCGCAGUGGAUCGCGUUUUAUAAGGAGUACGACUGCUUAAUGACGGAAUGGCAGGCCGCGGGUCGAAGGCUGGCCCUAGAAAUGUCGGAGCUGAAGGAGUCCGGUAGUCUCUCAAGCGCAUUAACGCCAUUAGGUCGGCUUCUGACUGAUCCAAACCUCAGGAGGACAUCUAGGGACGCCGAAGAUGCGAUCUCUGUUCUAGAGGAACGCGCGGCUCCUCUCUUUCACCUCGAUUACAUCAAGUUGUCGGUGAAACGAGCGAGGAGGUUGGUGGAGGAAGUGAGCAAAGCAGCGGCGCGGCUGGAAUCCUCGUUCGAGUCUCGCAGGGCGACGAUUAGAAACCUCGCCGUGUUAAGGAGCAUUGAGGACCAAGCACACGAGGUGCUGUCCUGGUUUUGCAAAAAGGGCGAGGACGUGUUGUCGAAGCACGGGCAACUCACGGCCACCAAUUUGUCGACUGCCAGGCUGCACGAAAGAGAGUUCGAGAAGUUCUACUUCACGUCCAUGAGGCACUUAGACAAGGGCAGUGACCUGGCAGAGGCAGCCAGCGCCAGUGGACUCCGGGAACUGGCCCGUUCCCUAAAGCACCACCUACGCGGCUUCGGUUCCCGAUUGGAGGACAAACGCGAGUACCUCGAAGACACCUCGAGAUGCUGUCUCCUACAGGACAGGGCGUACGAGUGGGCCCAGGAGGCUCGCCUUGCGGGAGAGCGGGGGGCUCAACAAUUUCUAAUGGCUAGGCCCCCCCUGCCACCGGAACACUUCGCGGAGAUGAUGACCCUAGCUGAGAAACUCGGGAAUGAAAUCUUAUUGGAACAGUGUAGUAUCGCCCGUAGCAAAUGUAUGGAGGCACUCGAGUUGGCCAGGGGUGGGUCUGACGCCGGUAGCCCAAGGAGAAGGUCCUAUGCCGCUUCCUCUGAUGCUACGAGCUGGGAGGACACCCUGGCUAAGAGAACGUCCUGGGAUGAUAGCGACAGCACCGCAUCCUACGCUUGCCCGAUGGACAGCGUUGGGUCGAGCAAGCAAGUUUUGGAUAACAUAGCUGAGCUGAGAGAAUCGGCGGAACAAUUAUUGGACUGUUCGCCACCGAGGAGCCCGGCGCCCCGAAGAUCGAUGUUGAAGCCACCAGUCAACUCCCAUUUACAUCGGUCAGCCAGCAUCGCGCCGGGAAUGAAAGCCAAGAAAACAAUACUGCUGAUCAUGAGGGAGAUGAUACAGACCGAACGAGACUACGUCAAGUCCCUCGAGUACAUAAUAGAGAAUUACAUCCCGGAGCUGGUGCGCGAAGACAUACCGCAGGCUCUCCGCGGGCAGCGGAACGUGAUCUUCGGGAACGUGGAGAAGAUCUAUGAGUUUCACAGCCAGCACUUCUUGAGAGAACUUGAACAAUGCGAGCAGUCGCCGAUGAACGUCGGCCAAUGCUUCCUGAGACACGAGAAGAAAUUCUAUUUAUACGCCCUCUAUAACAAGAACAAGCCGAACUCCGACUCACUUAUGGCAGAAUACGGAACGACGUUUUUCAAACAAAAGCAAUUGGAGCUAGGCGACAAAAUGGACUUGGCCAGCUACUUGCUGAAGCCAGUGCAGAGGAUGGGGAAGUACGCGUUGCUUUUGCAGCAGUUGGUAAAGGCUGGGACUGACUUGUCCGAGCAGAUGUCCGGGGAUGGAAAGGAUGAGAAGGAUGAUGGCAUGAAGCCUAUGGUUGAAGGCGAGGCUGACUUGAGGUCUGCAGAGCAGAUGGUUCGUUUCCAGCUCAGGCAUGGAAAUGACCUACUGGCUAUGGAUUCUCUUAGGGACUGCGACGUAAACGUGAAGGAGCAGGGUAGACUGUUGAGGCAAAAUGAAUUCCUGGUAUGGCAGGGCAAGGGCAAAAAAUGCUUGCGACAGGUCUUCCUAUUCGAAGACCUGAUCCUCUUCAGCAAGGCCCGACGAUUCCCCGACCGAAAGAAUCUGGAUAUAUACAUCUACAAGCACAGCAUAAAAACGACAGACAUUGGUCUGACAGCAGUAAUAGCUGACUCUCCAACGAAGUUCGAGAUUUGGUUCAGAAAACGUAAGCCAGGCGAUACUUACACGCUCCAGUGCGCCAGCGAGGAGAUAAAGAGAGCCUGGACGGAGGAGCUGAGCAACCUCCUGUGGAAACAGGCGCUGAGAAACAGAGAAGUGCGCCUGGCGGAGAUGUCGAGUAUGGGGAUUGGGAAUAAGCCUUGCCUAGACAUCAGGCCCAGUGCAGACCAAAUCAACGACCGGUCGAUCAGUGUUGCCCAAUUGUCAAAAACUCCGAGAUUCCGGAAUUCCAUCGCUGUGUCCACGUCUGACGACUCGACCCGCUGUAGUAGAAGACCUCACAGCGUGAUUUCCGUGAGUUCCUCGUCGAGCAGCGGUGGGAGCAGCGGGCCACCGACGACCUUGAACCUCGGCUUAGACACGAGCCCUCGUCCUCAUCAUCGAAGCACCACUCUUAACAGCCAGUGCAGCGUCGAAAGCGGGAUAAUCGCUGAUAUUUCGAUCGUGUCGGACGACGGCGGGGAGGGGACCGAGCGGAGCCAUUGGAACUCGAACCUCGAGAGUCCCACAACCACCUCCACGCCGCUGCAAUCACCGACGACCGCGACAGCGACUGCUUCUUCGUCCGAAAACAAUCUUUCGCCACCAUACGACCAAGACAUGUCCAUAAAUUUAUAAGCUUACGCUAUUUAGCUCGGAAGUUCAACGAGUCUGGCCAUUGACUAGCGCUUGAGUGAAUUGGCACAGAGUGAGCCAUUUUAAGGUCCCGAUAUCUGCAAAUUUUAAUAAUAAUUGUAACAGAAAAACUGUACAGAAAUUGGAGCCUUAAAUUCCUUAGAAUUUAUUCACGCCUGGAGGAUUGAACUCAUAUAUCGAGGGAAUAGUUUAUUAAGGGAUAUGUUUUAUUGUACGUAAGACCAAGAACUUUCCGCGGAUUGUAAUUAUUUUUUAAUUCCAUUACGAUUUAAAUGAUUUACUCGUACCAACGUACAGUUUCCCUAAUGAAUCUCGAUUUAUUUUUUGAUACGCUUCCACUAUCGGGGAAUGAUUUUUCGCAGGAGUAGAUGUGUAUUUUCUUAUCUAAUCUAAUCUUCACCGUGACGUGCUCAACGCUAAAGGAUCCAACACUGGAUCUCAUCUACAUUUGUACAGAAUUUUCAUUCGAUUCCGUUUGCCAUCGUGGUUUCUAAUUAAAAAUUGACAUUCCUCGUUCGCGGUUAUAUUAGUGUCCGGAUGUGUGGCCCCUAGGGCCACGUGUGGCUAUGUAUCUGGACACUAUUGCGAAUCAUUUCGUAUCAUCUUUUAUCAAAUUUCAGUCACCUCCGGAUCACCGGUCACACAUGGUCCAAAAAUCGUUGCGUGGCCAUAUAUCCGAACAUUACCAGAAUCGACACCGCCGUUUCACCAAUUUAUAGGAAUGUCAAAAAUCACGCACACAAUCAUUGUAAUAUAAUGUAAACAUUAGACUCGUAGCUCCAAUUACAUCUAAUAAUAAUAUUAAUUGUUUUCCUUUUUCUUUAAUACGAACAAAUAUUUUCGAUCGUUACAUGGUCGAACGUUUAUAAAAGAAGAUUUAUUUUAUUUAUUACUUCAAGGCAAUCAGCGAUUAUUAAAAUAAUUCUGCAUUGCCGGAUGUUAAUUAUUGUUGAAGGAAAGGUCUGCCAGGGUAUCGGAAACUGAUACCUUCGAAAUGGACAGAGCUUCGUUUCGCAGAUCGUAGCUUUAAGAUGAUUAUUAUUAUUAUCAUUAUCAUUAUUAUUAUCAUCAUUAGUAAUUUUGUAAACCUCCUCGGGCGACCUGGCCGAAUUUGUUUAUUUCUAUUCUUUGAAUGGCCAUAUAAUGUGUUUCGCGGGAGAUUCAGUUCGCCCAGGUGGUUCGAUUUAAUAAAAUUUAAUGAGUUAUACGGAGAAUCGCGAUCUGAUGAUAGGGGAUGAUUGAAUUUCAAUUAGGGUCGAUGUAGGCUAGGUUAGGGUUAACUCAGAUGCUGUUUAUGAUUAAUUAAUUUAUUCACUAAUUCGCCUCGAUUUCAUUUUAAUUAGUGUUUAAACGCUAGGUUAAGAUUGUAUAUAUUAUAUAUAUUAAUGUUAACGUGCAAAGCGCAGGAUUACGUUCUCAGUAUUUUACCGUAUUUGACACUAACUGAUGUAUUUUAUUACUUGCUGAAAUAUACUGUAUUGGGUGCCUUUUGUAGCGGAUCCCUCGGAUUUACCACGUUUUUCUAUAUCACUGAAAGUCGCAGGACCACUGACCACCGCCGACCGUUUCUGUUUCUAGUUUCUUGUCAACCUUUCGUAAUAAAUGUGAUUUAUAUUCAGA